AUGCAUGUCUUAGCCCUACAAGAAGUUGGUGGCGUGGCUGUUGGUGAAGCUUUGGAUUUGUCCGAGUCUCAUGGCUACAUGGUCUUAACUGCCAAGCCUAGUGGCUGCUUCCGAGCCUUGGCCCUUGCCCUUGAUGAGGAAUGCUCUUCAACUUGGAGUUCUGUUGCCGUUGGACACUCUCACCUUAGCGCCUUGAUUCAAUUGCCAGCUUUCGCCCAGCGGGUUUGUGUUGUCUCUGCGCACCUGCCACAUAGUGGCCGCCCUUUGGAUGAUUUUCUGGCUGCCCUGGCCUCCUUGCAAACCACUCUCACGCCCUUGGCUCAAAGGGGUCAUCCGCUCAUUCUUAUGGGGGAUCUUAAUGUUGACCUUGGCCUUGCGGAGGGGGACCGGUGGGUUGCCUUGCAAGCAUGUCUUCAAUCUGUUGGCUUGAACUUCUUCUCGUUGGAUGGUGAGCCCACUUGGAAGGACCGUCGCUUGGAUCAUGUGGUCUGCAACCAACUAGUUGUUGAGCGUUGCUGUCUCAUUGGGAAUCCUGACUCCUGCGCAUGGGCUUCUGUGUCCGUUAGGCCUGAUGCUCAACAAGCACUCUGUGUGGACCACGCCUUGGUCAUGCAUGAACUUUUGGUGUCCUUGCCUGUGCUUUCUCGUCCUUCCCGCUCUGCGUUGCGCCGCUCUGCCUUCUUGAGCCGCCCUUGCAAAAUGCGUGUUUGCCAUCCUUGGUUGCUGCAACAAAAAGUGUAUGGUUUCUGUCAUGCGGUGUCUGUUGGUGACCGCCCUGAUCCACAUCAGUUUCUGUCCCAUUGUGCGGCUACUUGCUCCUCGCCUGCCCCGGCUCUGCGUUACUCUGACUCUCCUGCCCUUCGGGCCCUCUGUCGGGCGCGGAGCCUUUGUUGUGGUGCUGUGGAACGCAAGCGCCUUUCCUUUCAGAUUCAUGCCAGUCGCCAAGCUGAAAAGAAACUCUGGCAGCAGAACCUGCUUCAGGCAGCAGCCCUCGGAGACUGGCGGGCCCGUCGCCACCUCCAACAAAAGGCUCAGAAGGGGUCCUUGGUUGCACAUAGUUUGCUUGCUCGUUUUGGCUGUCGGGAAAAUGCUGUCUCGCAUGUACAACACCACUUUGAUGAAAGGUUUCGGUCUGAUGGUGCUCCUUCCCUCUCCUUUCAUGCUUUACCGGACACAGAACCUGACUUCACCCCAGAGGAGGUUGCUUCGGCUGUGGGCAAGCUGAAGUCUGGUAAAACAACUGGGAUGUCCAGGGUCAGUGCCGAAUUACUCAAGCACUUGGUUGGUUUGUCCUAUGGCCUUCUUGUCCUUACCGACUUGCUCAACAUGGUCCUGAAAGACCCCGCCCAAGCCAACUUGCAUCUUGCUGAAGGAUGGGUCAUUCUUCUGCCAAAAAAGAGUUGGGUACAGGAUGCCACGGACUUCAGACCGAUCGUUUGUGGUGAAGUCUUUGCCAAACUUGCCGCCAAAUUGGCCACAGCCCGCGUUGUGUCCUCUUGGCCUGUGCCGCGUUCCUGCUUUGGCUGUGUUGCGAACAAAGGUGUGGCCGAAGCAAUCUACGUCAUUAAACAUGCUGCCCAAGAAUCGGCUGGCCUGGCUGAGCCCCCCGUCUUUGUUCAGCUCGAUGUCUCGCGCGCCUUUGAUUCCCUCAACAUCAACUCAGUCUUGCAGUACAUGAUUGAUCACUGGUCGUCUGCUUCUGCCAAGAGUGCCGGCUUGCUUCGUUGGGUCCUUUUGCAUUCCCGUUUGCGGUUUCAACUUUUUGAUGCCUCGUGGUGGUGCUUGCAAGGUCGUGGUACCCAGCAAGGGGGUAGCCACAGUCCUACCUUGUUUGGUCGUGUCCUUUCUGGCCGUUUCGACCAGCUCAGUCAUCAGUGGUUGGUCUGUGGAGAACGUCCAGCCUUCGUCACCUCGCUUCUCGCGCUGUGGGCUUUGUGGUUUAUUGAUGACUCCAUAUUCAUUUUCCGGACUCUGUCCCAGCUCCUUCGUUUGAUGCCUGCUGUCGUUGACCUUCUGCAGAACCUGGGCUUAUCCAUCAAUGUCUCGAAAUCCUGUCUUCUUGCUUCGUCGUUGCCUCGUUGUUUGCCAGGAUUCCUUGGAACCUUCCCUGUGCAGGCUACUUCUGUUUACUUGGGCAUGCCGUUAAAGGUGGUCGAGACUGAUGAACACAUGGUUGAUUACCUGUGCGCAAGGGCCACCACCGCGUAUUUCACCAACAAAAGGUUGCUUACCCAUUGUUCUGCUUGCCGCCCCCUGCGCCUGCGCCUGUUCACCUCUUUAGUCACUGCUUCCAUCAGAUGGUGUCUGCGCGUUGUCUCUGUGAAUCAGACCAAUCUCCGAAAGCUCCGGAUCCAUCAUGUCACUCUCCUUGCUUGGACGUUGGGUGCUCGUGCUCACAACUCUUGGUUUGUUGGCGAAUGCAUUGCCACUUUACGUCAUGCGGUCAAGUUGUGGUCCAGAACUUAUUCUGAAACUUGGGACGCCCUCCUAGCCAAGAUGGUGUGGAGAUGGGUUGGGCAUGUUCUCCGCCUUCCUAGCACUGACCUUGUUAGGCAAAGCCUUACAGAGCUGCAACAUUCUGAUGUGACUGCACAUGGGAUCCGCCGCUGUCGCACUGGGCCAAAUAACAGUGGGCACCGAAAUGUCAUCCGGUAUCUCAACCAUUGUGGGCUUGAUGCUGGUGCGGCUGCCUGCCGCCAGCAGUGGGCAGAGAGGGAGCAUGGCUGGCUGGUUGCACACGGCUUGCCUGUUGCCGAGCUCUUUGGGGCCAAUGUUUAUGCUAUCUCUAGCACCAAAUACUUGUGGGAAAGACGUUGCUUACAAGGAACGUUCCCUGGUCAACAGCUGAUUGUCUGUGAUAUCACUGACUCGGCGGCUAUCAGUGUACUGGAAUUGGAUCGGUGCUGUGGUUGGCGCUGCCACCGGGCACCAGUGGGCACUCAAUCCAUUCACGACAUCCUGGAACUUUUUCUGGCAACAGGGGUCAAGAAGGUGCUGUCCACGGUGGCGCAGUGGGAACGCCAUGCCAUCCGCUUCUGUGCCUGGAAAUUGGCGACUAUGGGCGCGAAGAGUGAGACCGACUUGGGCCUGGGCUGGUGGGAGCUGCCGGAACACGAGAAUUACCCGGUCGGGGUGGCUGACGCCACGGCGGCCAUGAUCCACGCCAUUCAGUUCGGUGGUGCCAUGGAGUUCGGGGGCUCCAUCAGAGACCUCACUUUGUUUGUGCGAGAAUACGUGCAGGGCUGUCGCUUAACCUGCGCCAUCAAGCGCUACACCCACGAAGAACGGAAAGAAAAGAACCUGCGUCAGCAGCUCCUAAGGAACGCCUUUGAAGAGGCCGAGGACUCGAGGGCCAAUUUCGAGGAGCAGGCCAGGGUCAUCAGCAGUAAGUUGCCAAAGAAGCACGCGGAGGGUAGGACCUUUGAUGCCCUGCACAUCCUAGCGCUGCAAAGGGCCAAGAGCUUCGAUUUGCACAUGGAGAACUGUCGGCAAAUCUCCGAGGGCUGGCUGGCACUGCAAAAUGUCCAUAGCUAUCAGGCCAUGUCCAGGUUAUAUCCACGACUGGCGGCCAUCGAGAAAGAGAUGGAAGUGGUUUGGCCGAGAACAGCAUCCAUCAUGCCGUGCAGCAUGGGUUAA